AGCGUUACCUAAUUUCUAGAGAAACACGCAGUUCCCAUAAGCAUCACAUUCAAGCAGCUCUGGCUUUCUGUCUGGUCACAUCUCGGUUUAGGGGAGCAGAGGUGAAGAGCUACUACUGAGAGGUUCUGCAAGGCUUCGAAUUGCCAAGAUGCUUCUGAUUCUUUCUCUGGUCACUGGGCUCAUCCUGUCUGCCUCUGGUGACAUGGCAGACAAAGAAACUGAUCCACGACUAGAGUCACUGCAUGAAAUACAAAAACAAGUGAACGACCUCUGGCAGAAUUUGCUCUAUCCGGUGACACGUGGCAACGAGACUGAUGGGAUGGUUUAUGCCACUUGUGAAAUGAAGCCCAGCUCCAAAAUAGAUGCUGACAAGCCACAAGUGACUGGACAAGUCCUAUUCAGGCAGUAUUACUCACGUGGAAGAUUGGAAGCCAUUUUUUACUUGGAUGGGUUUCCUUUGGAUACCAAUCAGUCUAGUAGAGCUAUUCACAUCCACGAGCUCGGAGACCUCAGCAAUGGCUGUGACUCAACAGGAGGACACUACAACCCUUUCCGAGUGAACCACCCCCGGCACCCAGGGGAUUUUGGCAACUUUCUUCCUAAAGAAGGCAAAAUCAGAAAAUACAAAACAAAUCUCUUUGCCACUGUCUUUGGUCCAUACUCCAUCAUGGGCAGAUCCAUUGUGAUCCACGAGCAGGAAGACGACAUGGGCAAGGGCAAUAACAAGGCCAGUUUGGAAAAUGGAAAUGCUGGGAAACGUCUGGCUUGCUGUGUGAUUGGGAUAUGCAACAAGAACUUGUGGGAAGAGAAACUGUCUGAGGUCUCAGAAAAGAAGAAGAGAGGGCUCAACAAACGAACAUAGGUCCAUGCAGAAGUGAAGACCAAAGAGCUGGGUGCAGUCUGGGCAGCACAGAGUAACUCAGGCUGUGCCACUGGCCACUAAAGUAUGUGGCUGAAGGAUUCCCAGUUCCAUUUGCUUGCUCCUCUAUGAAAUGCUUAUCACUUUGUAGAACCUCCUUUCUGUAAGCCCAUCAAUAAAACCAGCAUCAACU